CCUGUCCGGGAGGAAACAUACAGCUUUGAAAUUGCAACUUCGCGGCGUGUGCGGUUGAGGUGUCCAUCCCUAGGGACACCGAGCAUUCUUGCUCUGCUUCAGCAACCCCCCCGCAAACGUCUCUCUUUGGACCUGAGCCGGCGCAGUGCCGAGUCGCCUGGUGGUGGUGAGACCGGCCUGUGGCUGAAGUGACACCUGAGGGCGUGAGAGGGGCGCGCGCCAUGAUCGCCCCCCGCCUGGGCCGGGGGCUCGGCUGCCUCGGGCUCGGUCACCCCCUCCGAGUGUGGCGGGCCGGCGAGGCCACUGGGCGCUGUCAGGCCCGGCGGCUGCACGGCUCGGGGGGCGGCGAGCGCCGGCCGGGGUCCGAGCCCGAGGUCUGGCCGCCGGGCCCCGCGCGCCGCCCGCUGCGGGAGUGGGCGCUGCGGGUGAGCCCGUUCGGCCGGCUGCGGGCGCGGCUGCCGUGCCACCUGGCUGUGCGGCCUCUGGACCCCCUCGCCUACCCGGACGCCGACCACGUGCUGGUCGCCCUGAGUGGCGUGGAGGGCGGCGCGCGGGACCCGGCCGGCCUGCGCGUUCGGUACGACGAGGCGCUGAAGGAGGUGGCCAUCGAGGCUGACACCGUCGACCCCCAGGCGUCCGUGCAGGUGGACGCGCCCCUCAAGUUUGAUUUGAAUAUCAAGUCUUCAGGGUCUGGCUGUAUAAAAGUGCAAAAUAUUGAGUGUGAUAAUUGCAAAAUUGAAACUGAGCAUGGGACUAGCAUCUUACAGUCUGUUAAGAGUCAAAAAUUACAUGUUCAAACUAAAGGAGGCAAAGUAAUCUGUCUGGGAACAAUUUAUGGAAAUAUAGAUAUUCAUGCAUCAGAUAAAAGUACUGUGACCAUAGAUAAACUGCAGGGAAGUUGUGUCAAUAUAUCUACUGAAGAUGGCUUGCUGAAAGCCAAGUAUCUUUACACAGAAUCAUCAUUUCUAUCUUCUGCUGCUGGGGAUAUUACAUUAGGAAGUAUUCAUGGUAAUAUAACAUUACAAAGCAAGAUGGGUAAUAUCACAGUAGACUCAUCCUCUGGAUGUCUAAAAGCCUCAACUCAUCAGGGUGCCUUAGAUGUUUAUGUCAGCCAACUGGGGAAGGUGGAAUUGAAAUCCCAUAAAGGCUCUGUUCUUGUCAAAGUCCCAUCUUCUCUUCAAGUUCAUUUACAGUUAUCAGGAAAAGAGGUCAAUGUGAGCUCAGAAGUCGAUGUUCAAGAGAUGGCCAAAACUCAUAAAGAUGAUGGUGUAAUAAUUACUGGGCUCAUGAAUCAAGGAAGCAAACUUGAAAAAUGGAUUAAGGCUGAUGCCCCAAAAGGCACUGUAAGUUUUAGAAAUCAAAGCUGGUUUCAGUCCCUGAAACUGCAAGACUGAAUGGUUUGAGCCUGGCCGGUGUAGUUUAGUGGUUGAGCAUCUGCUUAUGAACCAGUAGAUCACAGUUUGAUUCCUGUUCAGGACACAUGUACAGUUUUAGGCUCGAUCCCCAGUAGGUGUGCAGGAGGCAGCCAAUCAAUGAUUCCCUCUCAUCAUUGAUAUUUCUAUGUCUCCCUUUCUUUUUUUAAAAAAGGAAUAGUUUGAGUUGUAUUUAUAAUUUUAAUAAUUAGUACAUCAACAGCUACAAAAAUGCAAAUUUCACUGUUCAUAUAUUAUAAAUAUUGAAAAUAACAAAUUGAAUGAGUACUGAAUUGUGGUUUGUUUGUUUUUGGGGGCUGUCAAAAUUUGUAUUUACCUGAUGUUUUAGUUUUCUUAUUGCUCUGUAAAAUACUACUUACAAACUUACCGACUUAAAAUAACACCCAUUUAUCAGCUCACAGUUCUAUAGGUCAAGAGCCUGGUUAGAUUCUCCAUUCAGGAUACCCAUCAGGCUGAACUCAAGAUGCUGGCUGGACUUAGUUCUCAUCUGACUGCUCUGGUAAAAUAAAAUAAAAUAAAUCUUCCAAGCUCA